AUGGUGGUGAUGGCAAUGGCAGGAGCGAUGGUGGUUUGUGGGGGAGGUAGUAAGGGUGGCGGUGGGAGUGAGGUGGUGGAGGAGGUGGGGGUGAUAGUGAUGGUGGUGGUGGUGGCGGGAGUGAGUGAUGGUGGGGUUGAUAGUGGGGAUGGUAGUGGUAGUGGUAGUGGUGGUGGAGGUGCGGGUAAGGGUGGUGGCGGUGGUGGUUGUGGCAGUAAUGGUGCUGGCAGUAGUUGUGGUGACGGUGGGGGUAAUGGUGGGGCUGGUAGUGGGGGCUGUUGUGGGUGGUUGUGGUGCUAA